AAGGCGAAUUUCCACGAGAAUAUUUUUAAUUUACAACCAAGAAUAAUAGGCUAGAUGCUUUCAUACGUUACGUUUUUGUGUCUAAACUACAAGACCCAGAAACGCCAAUGACUAUUCCGGUAUUUUCUAGAAUGUGUGAUGACGACGUUUUACUGCGACUCAACUAGACACAACCCUCGACUAAGCUUCACUGUCUGAACCGACGUGGACGCGAUAACGUUACCCAUUCACUUAAGUAAUCAGCUCAAAAUGAUCACAUAAAUGACUUUGCAACCGCGGAAAACAAUGGCGGUAAAUGAACGGAGCGACAACAAAUAAACGGCAUACAGAACAUUUGAGCUUCUUAUCUUGCUCCCAUCGCCCCGCUCUCCGUCCGGCCCUCCGCCGUGCAGUCUAGCUUGAAGCUCAGUGCAUCAGCACCCCAGUCAGAUGAGCAGCGAAUUGGGAUUUCUGCCUGCGAUGUAUCCAUUCCCAUGUCUUACCAGCAUGCCACAAACGUCGGGGUUCAACAUCAGCCCCGCGAGCACUUCUCACCCACUGCUGGCUCUACCUCCUGCCAACACGAGCUGGGAGAGACGUUGCCUAAGGAAGCACAGGAGAAGAUCAGAUGACGAAGGAUGCAGUGCCAAGCGAAGGAGACUGACAGUGGGAAGUGACCCUGGAGACUCCAGCCCCAGCAUGUGUCAGAACUGGCCCCCAGGGUCACCAGGCCCAGCCUGCCCUCUGCCCGGGCCAGCCAGCCCUGCCCCGCCCCAGCCCUGCCCGGCCCCGGCCCUCCUACUGCAGGGCCUGGCAGGGGUGCCUCGCCCCCCGCCCCGCCAGGACACGGAGGGCUUCCACAUGGAGGUGGAGGCUGCCCAAAGGAGACUGCAGGAGAUUGAAGAAAGGAUAACCCUGGAGGACGAUGAUGAUGACGAGGACCUGGACCUUGACUCUCUGCCCAGGCGGCCGGUGCUGGUGAUGUCAGACAGCCUGAAGUUGGGGCUGCAGCGCAGCAUUACAGACCUCCUCCCCCACACGGUGGCACAGUCUGUGAGCCAGUCGUGCAUGGAGCUGGUGGUGUGGCGCCCCCCGGAAGACACCCUCUCCCGCAGGUUCAGGGGCACCUUGCAGAGGCAGCGCAAGCAGCAGCAGCAAGCAGGCAGCCGGCCGGCCCCGGCCCCCAGCCCCCCUCCCAGCCCCCCCGCCCCCCUCACACCCACAGCCCCCCCUAGGGAGCCCUACCCCCCCCCGGGGGGCAGCUCUGGAGAAGAGGACAUGGAGCUGUAGAGGCCGUCGCCCUGACGCCGUGAGCUUCAUCCUGGAACGAAUGGGUUGGACGUUGCUACGUUACUGUUGCCAGGGGGACAGCUUUAGACCAAGGCCCGGUUGCUGGUCGGUGUGUCGGUGGUGUUGGGUUCCUGGUUUUGUGCUCCUUUGGCCAAAAUGUAUGCCAUAGUUGUGUUGUUCCAGAGGGGUGCGUUUUAGGGCACGACAUUCUAACUCGGAUCCAGACGGGUGCGUUUUAGGGCAUGACAUUCUAACUCGGAUCCAGACGGGUGCGUUUUAGGGCACGACAUUCUAACUCGGAUCCAGACGGGUGCGUUUUAGGGCAUGACAUUCUAACUCGGAUCCAGAGGGGUGCGUUUUAGGGCACAACAUUCUAACUCGGAUCCAGAGGGGUGCGUUUUAGGGCACGACAUCGAGAAGGGACCCACCUUUUUUCUCCAGCUAUGUCUGUGUUGACAGUCAGUACCAGUACAUGUUUAAGAUUUCAGACUUUCCAACGGACUGUGUGACCUUGCCAUAGCCUUAAUGUCCUUGAAGGAAACAGACACUUAGCAAAUGUUAUGUGUUCAUAUCGCCAUUUCCUCAUAAUUACACAACAUGUAGGAGUAGUGGUUUGUAUUCAGACUUUGGUGUCAGGAGACAAAUGAAACG